AUGAAACUCGAUAUGGGUACCAUCCAAAUCACGCUAAUCAUUCUGUUUAUGUCCGUAAUCCAUGCUGUUGCAGCAGCAGCUUCAACACCCUCCCUCGAGCUACUGAGAGUCAAGUCAGAGUUGGUUGAUCCCACGGGAGUUCUCCACAGUUGGUCUCCAGAAUCUCACUUCUGCAGGUGGAAUGGAGUCGAGUGUUCAGAAGAUCAAACCCAAGUUAUAGCCCUGAAUCUAUCAGACUCCGGAUUAUCAGGUUCCAUCUCGGCGGAGCUUUGGAAUCUCACUUCACUAGAAACGCUCGAUUUGUCAUCAAAUUUCCUGAACGGCUCGAUCCCUGUCGAGAUAGGAAAGCUUCAGAGUCUAACAGCACUCCUCCUCCACUCCAACUACCUCUCUGGUGAAAUUCCUCAAGAGAUUUCCCGUCUGAAGAAGUUGCAGGUUUUGAGAAUCGGAAACAACAUGUUAACUGGGGUGAUCACGCCGAGAAUCGGUGAGUUAACCGAGUUGAGAGUCCUGGGCUUGGGCUACUGCCAGCUAAACGGGAGUAUUCCGAAAGAGCUUGGGAAUCUGAAGCAAAUGGAAUCUCUUUUCCUGGAAGAGAAUCAACUCCAAGGUCCCAUCCCAGAAGAAAUUCGUGGCUGCAAAAACCUUCAGACUUUCGUGGCAUCAAACAACAGGCUUGAAGGAACCAUACCAGCUUCAUUAGGGAGCCUUCCAUCGCUGGAAAUACUCAACUUGGCAAACAACAGCCUCUCGGGUUCAAUUCCUACUGAUUUAAGCCAUCUCUCUAGCUUGCAGCACCUCAACUUGUUAGGGAACCAACUGAAUGGUUCGAUUCCAGCUGAGCUUAACCAGUUGGGUCAACUCCAGUGGGUUGACUUAUCAUUCAACAGGCUUUCAGGAAGCAUAACACUGCUAAGUAGCCAGCUGCACAAUCUUGAAGCAUUGGUUCUUUCAGGUAAUGACUUGAAAGGCAGCAAUGUCAUUCCUAGCAAUUUCUGCAGCAGCAGUCAGUCCAAGCUCCAAAAGCUCUUCCUCGCUCAAAAUGAUCUCUCCGGUACCUUCCCUUUGGAGAUACUGAAUUGUCUCUCCCUCCAACAACUAGACCUCUCAGAAAACAACUAUGAUGGAGAUCUUCCUUCCGCCAUUGGAAAGCUGCAGAACCUCACCGAUCUUUUUCUGCAGAACAACAGCUUCAGUGGACAGAUACCUUCAGAAAUUGGAAACUUAACCCAGUUGGAGAAUCUCUACAUGUUUGACAAUGCAAUCAGAGGGAAUCUUCCACCAGAAAUCGGGAGACUUCAUCAGUUAACCAACAUUUAUCUCUAUGACAACCAGAUUUCAGGAGAGAUCCCCAGGGAGCUGACGAACUGCACAAAGCUGACAGAUAUCGAUUUCUUCGGUAACCAUUUCACUGGUCCCAUUCCUGAGACUAUCGGCAAGCUGAAGAAUCUCGUUAUGCUUCAACUGAGGCAGAAUGGCUUGUCGGGUCCAAUCCCACCAAGUUUGGGGUACUGCAGAAGCCUGGAGAUAUUGGCAUUGGCAGAUAACAAACUUUCAGGAACUUUGCCACCAACGUUCAGAUUCCUUUCGAAGCUCUUCAAAGUAACUCUUUACAAUAACUCCUUUCAGGGUCCUCUCCCUUCAUCUCUUUCACAAUUGAAAAACCUCCAGAUCAUAAACUUCUGCCACAACAGGUUCAAUGGCAGCAUUUCUCCUCUCUUGGGAUCAAGCUCUCUUUCUGCCUUGGACUUAACCAACAAUAGCUUCUCAGGACCAAUCCCUUCCAUGCUAGCUUCGUCAAUAAACCUGACCCGUCUUCGCCUGGCACACAAUCAGCUCACUGGAACUAUCCCUCCUGAAUUUGGCCAACUCACCAAUCUCCAGUUCCUCGAUUUGUCCUUCAACAAUCUCACAGGCGAACUGAGUGAAGCUCAAUUCUCAAGGUUCAAAAAGCUUCAACAUUUCCUGCUGAGCAAUAACCAGCUCACAGGGAUAAUGCCUUCCUGGCUGGGCACCUUGGAAGAACUCGGAGAGCUCGAUCUCUCAUCCAACAACCUCCACGGCGACAUACCGAAAUCCCUCGGCAACUGCUCAAACCUACUCAAGCUCUCUCUCCACGGGAACAUCCUCACAGGUUCAAUUCCAGAGGAGCUCGGCAACCUCACCUCUCUCAACGUCCUCAAUCUCCAGCGAAACAACAUUUCAGGCACUAUCCCUAAAACGAUCGAAAACUGCAGGAAGCUGUUCGAGCUUAGGGUUUCCGAAAACUCUCUCACCGGUUCGAUUCCAGACGAGAUAGGGAAACUUACCGAGCUGCAAGUGAUACUAGAUCUCAGCCACAACUCCUUCUCCGGCGAAAUCCCGACAUCCCUCGGAAACCUAAUUAAGCUGGAGAGGCUGAAUUUGUCGUGCAACCAUCUCCAGGGAAAGAUACCCAGCUCGCUCGCCAAGCUCACCAGCCUCCACAGGCUGAACCUGUCGAACAACGACCUCCGAGGACGAAUUCCGGAGACGUUCUCCGGUUUCCCCGUCAGUUCGUUUCAGGGGAACUCCCCGGAGGGGUUGUGUGGUCGGCCGAUGGAGGUGUGCUUGAGAUCAGGAGGGAAGAAGGGGAUGUCGAAUGCUGCAGUGGUGGGGAUAAUCGCGGUGAUUGUUUUCUCGUCGACGGUGAUUUGCUUGGUGAUGGUGUAUAUAAUGGUGAGAAUGUGGUGCCACUGGAGGGAAGUCGCGAUAUCCUCCACCGUGGACGGCGGCGGUGGAGCGGGAAGAGAGCAGAGGAGAGAAAUGAGGGGAAGGAAAGGUGGUGAUGAUCAGUUCUGGAAAUUGAGCCAACUGGUUCAGUGA